AUGUCCAAACGUCAUAGACACACAGCCCCCUUAAUACGAAGGCCGCUAUUAUUCUCCAUUUUGGCUGUCAUUGCCCUUGUUUCUCUCUUUAGCUUCUACUCCAAUUCGAAACUCCCGUAUAUUGGCCACAACAGAGACGGGGUGUCAAGUAGUAGCAACUACAACAAGGGUGAAACCGAAAUUGAAAACACCAACAACAACAAUGACCAUACAAACACCAACAAUGUCGCCAAAGGUGGAACUUUCUAUGAAAUGAUGCUCCAUGAGAACAAAGACCAGGAUAGCCUCAAAAUAAAAAUUAACAAUGAUAUUGUAAAUAAUAAGAAACUCGUUGACGAGUCCGUGGUUAUAGCGGACAGAAGAAUCAAUGAUGGUAUACCUUCCACUGCCCCAUCCAUUGACCCCGUUUCGGAUCCUACGAAAAUUGCCUCCUUGUUGACCAAUUUGAUACAUAUAGUGGGGAAUGCCGCACCUUCUCUUGGCUUCCAGUUAAAGGAGGAAUCUUUUUACAAACAUCCUAGACUGAAGAAUAGAAGAAAACUGAAAAAUAACCACAGAUUCAUUGAACGGGUCUAUGGCAAAAAUGGAAUUGUAAAUAUAGCAGCUCAUGAUACGAAUCUUGAAAAAUACCCCAUGCUGUCCAAACAGUUUUUACUUGACUGUCUAUUUUUACCAGAUGAUUUAUUCAAAGAUUUGCAGAAAUCUCAUGACUAUUUUGUCAAUCAUAUCCCCAACCAUUAUCAAGAUGGUACUUACCAUGGCGAUGGAAUAGUUCUAAUUGGAGGCGGGAAAUUUUCCUGGUUGGCCUUGCUAUCUGUUGAAAACUUGAGAUUAACAGGCUCAAAGUUGCCAGUCGAAAUCAUCAUUCCUCAAAGAGAAGAUUACGAAAGACAGCUCUGUGAAGUUAUACUACCCAAAUUGAAUGCUAGAUGCGUUCCCUUGUACAACUUCAUCAAUUUAGAAAACCCAAAUUCCCAUCUGACGGGCUAUCAAUUAAAAUCCAUCUCGUUAUUGGUUUCAAGUUUUCAAAAUGUAUUGUUUCUUGAUUCCGACAAUAUUCCAGUCUCCAAUCCCGAUUAUUUGUUCGCCUCAAAUCUCUUUGAAGAAAAUGGAAUGGUUUUAUGGCCAGAUUUUUGGAGGAGAGUGACACAUCCCAAAUACUACGAUUUGGCGGGGUACCAGAUUGGUACCUCCAGAGUCCGGAACUUUUUGGAUAAGAUAACCCCUCCUUCUUAUUAUACCAACGAAGGAGACGACCCCGACACAGAUUUCCCCUUCCAUGAUCGUGAUGGUACAAUGCCAGACUUGUCGACAGAAUCCGGCCAAAUCCUGGUCAACAAAAAGACGCAUUUUAAAUCGUUACUUUUGAGUUUCUACUAUAAUGUCUAUGGCCCAAGGCAUUAUUAUCCCCUCUUUUCUCAAGGUGGUAAAGGUGAAGGUGACAAGGAAACCUUUUAUGCUGCCAGUCAAUUCUUCAAGUUGCCAGUAUAUCAAGUCAAUAAAGCUGUGGGUGUCAUUGGCCAUUGGGAUGAUUCGAAAUACCACGGUGUGGGAAUGAUCCAAUAUGACCCUGCUGUUGACUAUGAGAAUGAAUCUAAAUUCCAGGAAUUUAUAUUAGACAAAAUUGAAAACAGCGGAAAAAAUGGCAACAAUCAAUUUGUUUACGAUCCCAUGGAGUUUUUCAAUUGGUUCACCAAAUAUAAUUCAAAACCAAUGUUUGUCCAUUCUAAUUACCCUAAAAUUGAACCUAUAGACUUGCUUCAAAAUGGUAAAUUAGUCGAUGAUAAUGAUAUGCAGUGGAGAUUGUAUGCCGACCAGCCAGACCUAGGCUUUGAUUUUGAAUUGCAGCAGUGGGACUUGAUUCAUCGUUACUUUUGCUCGGAGAUAACCCCCUUGAGAUUGAAGUAUAUGGAAAAUGCCCAGGUCUCUUACAGUCAUCUCUGUGAGGAUAUAAGUGCCAGGUUGAUGUUUUUAAAGUCCACCUCAAUCUAG